AAAAAAAAGAAAAAAGAAAAACGCGCACUCACACGGUAAAGUGUAAAAAUUUCUCCUCAUCCUACUUCUGCUGCUGCUGCUGAUUCUUCAACUUUCUGCUUCUGCUGCUGACGAUUUGCUGUCCUGACAUGAAUCCAAGCAAAGUGGAAGAUGAAAUCUUCAACCAUCACCACCACCACAGUCACUUGGGGCCCCCGCAUCAUAUUAUAGUAGAUCAUCACCACCAUCAUCAUGGCCAAUCUCAGCCGUCGGUAUCGGUAUUCGACGGCGAACAACCCGACGAUGAAGCUUUUCACUUUGAAAUGGGUCUCUUCCGCGAGGACGACGAGGAUGACAUCAGCCAGAACUCAUCCGACGCCGAAAUUCCCCAAAUUCAACCUUCCCUUAACCCUAAUUUACCCACUCCACCUCCGCCCCUUUCUCCAAACCCUAACCCUAAUAACCCUAGUGGCAGCAAUACCAACGGCGUCGGAAAGGUGAAUCAUCAUAACCAUAACCAUAGUCGUGAUCAUCAUGCCCCGCCGGCGACGUACAUUAGCCCCGAGCCUCAUAUUUCCUCCCAAUUCUACACUUUCAACAAGGAGUCUCAUGCUUUGAUGCUGCAAUGUCUCCGCGAAGGCCGCCCAGCUACGCCCGAGGAGAUCCGCGCCGCUACGCCAGUUCCUGUGCUUUCCAGCUGGCGGUCGGUCUGGAAGGACCGGAAUGAGGACACGGCGUACCUCACUGCGUGGAAGAGGAUUCAGGACAAGCUCAAUAUUCAUGUCAAUCCUACCAACGGUAAUGAAUUUCUCUGCUUCAAGAAUAAUUCGAAUCAAUUCGUUUCCCAUGUUGAUCAGUGGCAGGACAUUGUUAUGAACUUUCACUGCGAUGCGGAUUUUAAACACCUAGGGUUAAAGGAAACUGUAGACCGAAUUAAACAAACCUGGACUGUAGGUGCUAAGUUUUAUGGAAUUCCUGAGAGUUAUAUUAGGACGUGUGUUUCUGCAUGCCCCAUCUGCUCGGAUGAGUCAUCAGGGUGCGCACCGCGUAAUAAAAGGCGUAGAUUUGAGUAUACAGAGUCAUUUGAGGUACCAGCUAAGGAAGUACCCGCUCGGCUGCAACAGUUAGCUGCUAAACAUAAAGUUGUGUUGUGUAUAAGACAGAAAUAUAUAAGGUAUAAGCCAUUUAUGGCAGAGGUGAAAGAUUACGCAUGUCAUAGGGCUGGUGAGCCAGCAUCUUCAAAGAAAUCCAGGAUCUUGAAGCGAGAGCCGUAUGCGUCUAAGCGCUGUGGAUGUGGGUUUCGGAUAAGGGCCAUCGUGCCAAUUUCAAAUUACAAUGAGAAGGAUAAGACAUUUGUUUAUGAGGAAGAGGGAACAGCUGUAUUUAAGUUGUAUGCAAAGCAUUCUGGACACGAGCCUGGCCCACUUGAUGGGAACGCGAGGAUUAUGCAUCGUGUUGUGGGGCAUAAAGGGGGAGUUAUGAUGGAUCAGGAUGCAGUGUACGGGAUGGGUGAGGAAGCAGAGAAUGAGACUUUUGUUUUUUUGGGCAAGGAUGAUGGUGAUCUGCAGCAAGCUGUUUUUCAGCAGGUGCAGGAAUUAAGAAACGAGGUUGGGUUGCUUGAGGCAAAAAUUGGGAAAUUACCAGCUGAAUUAUUGUCUUCUGUAUCUCGUGAUUUGUUUGAUAUUGUGCACAAGCUUAGAAAUGUUGGGGACUAUGGCCCUAAAUCACUGGAUUUGCUUUCAGACAAACAUGAUUCAGAUGGUGUGCUGGUGGGAGAGAACGAUUUGGCCGAGUGGACUGAACAUCACCACCAGAGGCUCUAUGGGGAUGGCAAGGAUGUGGAUCUACUUGAUGAUGAUGAGGACAGCUUUGGAAGAACCCUUGGUGAUGUUGUUCCUUGGGAUCCAAUGAGGACUGACUGUAGGACUGAGAAGGAUCUGCUCAGUGAAACUUGUAAAGCGGAAAAAUGGUUGAAUCCAGGUGAGUUUGACGAGAAGAGUAUCCUUGACUGUGGGGAUUCCAAGCUGACUAAGCCCUUAAGGCAUGAUGAGACUAUAGAUCCGGAUGUAGGUCUUGCUUUACAGGUAGACAACUUCUAUCCUGAAAAUCCGAAGUGGUUUGACUCCCCUUGUGGCUUGGACUCUGGUGCAGAUUGUGGCGAUGGAGAAUUCAGGCCUGGGGGGAUUGUGUAGAAUUUAUUCAUCUGGUGAAACUUACUCCAACUUAUUUGAGUUUUCGGGUGCCAUUCAUCCAUCUCUCAUCCUUGGAAGUGGGUUGUAUAGUUGUGUAGACUGAAGAUUGAAGCUUCUCACAGCCUUCUGGGUCUGUGCUUCAUGUAAUUCUGUAAAGUAUAGCCAUUAGGCUUCUUUGCACAUACCUUUAAUGACUGUUCUUAACUUGGCUUUAAGUUCUUUUGCGGAGAUUUCAAAUCUAAAACUCAGUUUCUCUUAUACUUCUCUUGUUAUGGUGUCUUUUAAGUGUUUGAGGACUUCAUGGGUUCAUUGCUGAUGGUUUUUUUUUUCUUUCGGUGCUUUCCAAUGGCGUUAUUGUUCUUUGAUACACGUGUACAUGCAUGCACAAACUAGUAGGUACAUGUGGCACAUUGGUCCUUCUGUUACCAGUAAUUGUUGUUUAUUAUUUCUGUUGCGAAUGGUACUUUAUAUGUUUCUCUUACAGAUAAUGUUAUUAUGUUGCUUAGUAAGACAUGGUAUAUCAGCACCUAAAUUGCUGAUACACUAAUACUUAUGGAAGUCAUUUUACCUUUUUGCUAAGGACUGAAUUAUGAGGUGGUUUAGGGUUUUGGUGGGGAUGCCAGAAUACAAUCAAAGCACAGAUGACUAAUAGUUAUUGUUGUGUUUCUAUGAUUGUUACUUAUAGAGUCCUAAAGCCGACCAUUUUGCCUUUGUUUCAUAAUUUUUCUUUCAUUUGUCAUGGUUUUCAUAUUUACACUCAUCUAAAUUAUUUCACCUUGUCCACUUGCAAAGAAAAAGCAAUGUAUCAGCAGCUCAAUUCAUGCUUUCUUGAUAAGUCAAGUUUAAAAUUUGGAAAUGAAUAUCAUGUUUGAGGGACAGAGUGGUAAACUUGUUUAUUGUGCAAUACAAAAUAGUAAUGGUGGAGUUUUAAUGGUAACUUUAUAAACUAAUGUGAAGGAUUAUACAUUUAUGCAUUAAGUGAGAGGUUAGUGUAAUCUACCCAUAGAUUAUGAGGAAGAGGUUAGGACACCCGAUAUUUAGCGAUAAAGAGUGGCGGACACCAGAUAGAUCCGGAAAAAGGGGGAUUAUUCAGGGCAGGCUCGAUGGAUGACGGUGAACAAUUGGAUGGUUAGGACACCGCAUAUUUAGAGAUAAAGAACGGCGGGAACUUUUUGUACGUGGUAUGCCUACUUUUUGAAACAUAUCCGGUUGUUUUGGUGGACAGUGACGGAAUUGUUAGAGCGGAUGUUCUUCCUGUUAACUGCUCAUCGAAAAACCUAUGUAUUCCUUGUUCUUCAUUUAUCCUGCUACACCAUGGCACAUUUAUUUGAAUAUUCCAUAAACAGAAAUGUACUUGGAUCUGUUUGACCUUUGUGCGUAUGCAACUACAGUAAGCAUUUAAACACUAUAAUGUGAGAGAAUUCAAAACAAAUUCAGGGUCACACUAUGUGCUGCACCAUAUACUCAUGAGGCAUCUUGGGAAAUGAUCAAUGCUGCAGAUUGUGUAACUUUAGUAUCUCAGCCUGCUCAUAGCAUUAAUGCUAGACUGGCUCAUAAAAAAUGUAUUAUUAUGCUGUUGUCACAACUGCAAAUGUUAAGCCUACCCAUUGUUUUGAGAAUCAGAAUUUCUUAUGCUUUUGAUGGCUUUCUGCAGUAUGGAUUGGGGAUCAGUCCUAUUUGUGUUGCAAGUGCUUUACUAGCACAUUUUUACUUCUUUGCUAAAUUAUUAAGAUGUAUCCAAAAAAAGAAGUCCUUUGUUGGUUUUCCUCCUCCUGGUAAACAAAAUGUCCUUAAUACCAUUGCGUUACUUUCUUUGUGUUGACCCCAUGUCUAUUUUUUCUUGAGCAAGCAUACUUGUAACCUUAAUUCUGGCGAAGGUGUUCAGAUCAAGUCUGUGCAACACAAGGAUCAAGAAUGCACUAUAGAAGGUCUUGUCUAGAAAGUUUUGUGAAGAUGCGGGCUCUGGGAUGUUCUGGCUCACUAAGUGAUUAUCAAAUGCUGCAAGUAUGAUUUCUGGUGCAUGAUGUGUAUCUGAUUAUUUAGGAUGCUGUUGAUCACUACUUCUAGUGGUGCCUAAACCUUGUAGCACGUGCAUCUGCUUAUGACUAGUGAAGUCUAAAGAAACUAAAUGGAAAAUUCUUUCAUUGGCCUUGUUAGAUCAGUUGUUUGACAGCUAAAAAUUCUGUCUUUCGGGCUUGUUACAUCAUAUGGGAACGGCUCCAUGUUCUGGAAGCAGGUCACAAACAGAUUUCCUGUUCUGGUCAAUAUUAGACACCACGAUGUGUUGUGAGGACUGCAACAUGAGGUUGCUAUGCAGAAUGGGUAUAAAAUGGACAAGAAUGGCAAGAAAUCCAUCAGUUGCCUAUCAGCAAAAUGCAAGCAAUGGUGACAAUGUCCAGUUUGGAGACUCUACAGUUUGUUGCCAGGUCAUGUUUCUGAAGUUUCACUGUGGCAUUUGUACUUGAGGGAAUGCUUUGACUGGAAAAUACCAUGCAACAGCUGAAAGAAGUUAGGUGCUUUGUCCGUAGAUAGCACCUGACACACUUUAGUCAAUUAUCACAGAUUAAAGCGCUUAGAGAGCACGGGAAAGAGAGAACAGCUAGUAAAACUACAACCUUCUUCAACUGCUGAGUCAGCUCUAAGAGCAGAUCUGGCAUCAAGCCUAUCCCUUGACCCUUUUCGGGGAUCAAGUAUUACCUAUACGGAGUACCGAAGGUAAGGCGGGUCCCAGGAGAAAGCUGCUUUUGUUGAAAAAAUUCCUGUUUAUUCACUUCUCUCUCUCUCUCUCUCUCCCCCUCUUUUUUUGUUGGCUACAAGAUGCUGGUGAUGCAUUAAAGUCUGAAUUCCUAUAACUGUGUGUAGCUUUCAUACUCCAAAACACAUGCAGGAAUCCAAAUGACGAAGAUGGUGACUGUGGGUCUGUGAUUUUUAAUAUUUUAUUGGGGAAAAAUUCAGGAUUUAUUUUUAAGCUCACAGUACCUAUAUUUUGUGAACCCUAAAUGCACACCUCUCCAUGGGAAAAAUUGAAAAACCCUGUAUAUCCACUUUGCACAUAUCGGACCUGGUUGUUGGUAGUGUUCUAGAUUUCUGAUCUCAGCAUUUGGUUCAAAUGGGUGAACUGUGGCCAUUUAAGAUUAUGCACUUCGUUUGCAUGCUUCUUGCCAUGCUGCUACACUGACACUGAACUGGGCCUAUGUAUUGUCGCAUUUUCUGAAAUAUAGUUCAAACUCAUUGGGUUUGUCUUUGACUAAUGAUUAUUGGUUUUAAAUCUAUCUUUUGUUCUUUUUUCCCAGGUUGAGCUAAACUAUUGCAAUAUUUUAAACUUUCUAUUUGAUUUUAUUCAAAUUUUCCAUACAGCUGCCUUUCAUUUUUUGGGUGAAGUACAACCGAUAUUAAGUUGCAGAUGCAUCAAUCUUCUGAUAUAUGAAGACAAAGGAAACCAUUGUCAGUGUGUUCUGACAAUGCCUCUUUUAUAGGUUCUCAUGAGCAUUUUUACCUCCACGCAUAGCAUCUUGCACAUGAGCAUGUGAUGGUUAUGCGUAUCUGAGUCAUUGUUUCCUGUAUCAAGACAUAUUAACUUUCACUGGUGUAGUUUUGAUAUUCUUGGAGCAGGAUACUUGUGGUAGUGAAACAGUAAAAGGUGGGGCUCUCCGCUGUCAAGUCUACUAAUUGCAGGCUGCAACUGGCUGCUUUUUGAUCAUCUCCUCCAUCAAUUUCAAAGGAUGCCUUGUUCUUGUCUGCGUAUAACUCUUGAUAUGUAAAGAUGGGAUUGGCAAUUGGAGCUGUGAUAAAAAUAGUAGGCCCUGUGAAAAAAAAAAAGAAUAAAAAGGACCUGAAGGCUGCACUGUCCCAUCUGGGCUAUAUUAUUACUAGCAGCCAUGGCCUACGGCAGUUCUUCCGCAUUUUGAUGCUUGAAUGUUGCUAAUGUCGAGUAAUUGCUCUGCCCAUCAUAGGGUGCAUCCACAUCAUCCAGCAAGGAAAUGUUAAUAAGAAUUUGAUUUGGCUGGUGAAUGGAACUGGAAAGUGCAGGAUGCACACCUUUCUUCCUGCUUAACUGUUGUUAGUUCUGCUAAGCUGUUUUGUCAGCAUGAUUAAUCUUUGAACAAUAGGCGGCAGCAGAUUGUGAAAGGAGAUUACGUGCUUACCC